CCUUGUUUCCAUUCGUUCAAUUUUCCUUUUCUGAGUAAGUUUCAAUUCACAUCUCCAUUACCAUUCUUAUCAUGUCUAGCUCUUUAUGAUUAUCAUUGGAUUAUGCCUGUUUCUAUGUGUUGAGACAAACUUGCACAAGGGACCUUCAAGGGGUAAUCAAUGGGGAAGCCUCUUGCAAGGAAGAACAGCAUUGUAGUAUCAAGGUCGAACAAUGGAAGUUUCAAACUGGGGAAAAGUGUCGUAGAGCGUUCCUAUAGCUGCAAGGCUUUUGAUGAGGACACAACAAUCUUCAUCACCAUGUCCCAAGAAUUGAAAGAAGAAGGGAAAAGAUUACAACAAAGGCAUGACUAUGAGGGCGCAAUGUUAAAGUACGGGAAAGCCAUUAAAUUGCUCCCCAGGAACCAUAUUGACAUGGCUAUAUUACACACUAACAUGGCAUCUUGUUAUAUGCAAAUGGGGAUCAAUGAGUAUCCAAAGGCUAUAAACGAGUGCAAUUUAGCUCUAGAAGUUUCUCACAAGUACAGCAAAGCUUUGCUCAAGAGGGCAAGGUGCUAUGAAUCUUUAAAUAGGCUUGAUCUAGCUCUUAAGGAUGUGAACCAUGUCCUAAGUGUAGAACGUAACAAUUUGUCUGCUUUAUACAUUGCCAGUCGGAUCAAGAAAGAAAUGGAAGAAAAAGGUAUUGUGCUUGAAAAUAAAGAGAUUUAUGUUGAACCUUCGAUUGCUUGUGCGAGCAAGGUAAAAGAUCACAACAAGGUGAAGAAGAAGAAGAAGAAGAGUCAUAAACAUGAUAAGAAGAAGGUUGAAGAAGUUGAGCCUAAAAAAGAGGCCGAGGAGGAGGAGGAGGGGGGAAAGAAGGCUGUAGAUAAAGUGGUGGUAGAUGAGAAGACAACUGUUAUGAAAGAGCAAUUAGUGACUAAGGCUGUGAAAUUAGUACUUGAAGAAGAUAUAAGAUGGGCACAAUUACCAGUUAAUUGCAGUAUAGGACUCGUAAGAGAGACGAUCCUAAAUCGGUUCCCAGACAUGGUAGGUGUACUUAUCAAGUACAAGGAUCGAGAAGGCGACAUGGUCACCAUCACAACGACUGCCGAGCUUAGGAUGGCCGAGGUAAGUCUUGAUCCAAACAUGUCCUUAAAGUUGUACAUCAAAGAAGUCAGUCCCGAUAAAGAACCAAUUUAUGAAUGGACUAAUCAAGAAAAAAUGAGAAGACCAUAUGAAUCACCAUCCACUAGUAAUUUGGAGAAAGGAAGAAGAGAACUGGAGAGAGGACCGAUAUGUGUCGAGGAAUGGAUAGUACAAUUUGCAAAGCUUUUCAAGAACUACGUUGGCUUUGAAUGUGACUCGUAUUUGGACAUUCAUGAGAUAGGAAUGAAGAUUUACUCAGAAGCUAUAGAUGAGAGUAUUACAAGUGAGAAUGCUGAAGAGCUUUUUGAAAUCGCCGCAGAAAAAUUCCAAGAGAUGGCCGCACUGGCAUUGUUCAAUUGGGGAAACGUUCACAUAUCUAAGGCAAGGAAGAGAGUAUACCUUACAGAAAAUGGCUCUAAAGGUUCAGUCUUGGAACAGAUCAAGUGUGCCUUUGAUUGGGCCCAUAACGAAUAUGGAUUGGCCGGAAGGAGAUACGAAGAAGCAGUCAAACUCAAGCCGGACUUUUACGAAGGGCUUCUUGCCCUCGGACAACUACAAUUCGAACAAGCAAAGCUACAAUGGUAUUAUCUCAUUGGUACUGAGAGGAAAGUUGAUUUAGAGACGGCUCCGUCUAUCGAGGUAUUGGAAUUGUAUAACAAGGCUGAGGAUAACAUGGAGAGAGGGUUACAGAUGUUGGAGGAGACCGAAGAACAACGUCUCAAUGGACUAUCAAAAAAUGAAGAGUAUAAAUCUGUUUUGUGUAAGAUGGGUUUAGAUGGGGUUCUUAAGGAUGUCAUGCCUGAAGAAGCUGAAGAGCAAGCUGCUAAUAUGAGGUCUCAAGUUUACCUUUUAUGGGGGGCCUUACUCUAUGAGCGCUCAGUUAUGGAGUAUAAAUUGGGUUUACCAACGUGGGAGGAGUGUUUGGAGGUUGCAGUCGAAAAGUUUGAAAUGGCAGGGGCAUCUUCAACAGAUAUUGCUGUCAUGAUAAAGAACCAUAACUCUAAUGAUACUGCUUUAGAAGGGUUCAAGGUUGAUGAAAUUGUACAAGCAUGGAAUGAAAUGUAUGAUAAUAAUAGGUGGCGGACUGGCAUCCCUGCUUUCCGUUUAGAACCACUGUUCCGCCGGCGCGUUCCUCAACUUCAGACCGUUCUAGAGAAUCUAUAAACUAUUAAUCAGUUGGAAUUUUGGUUUCAUCAUUGGGGCAGAAGAUUAGUACACCUUCAUUUAAUUUACCACUGCAUGAUGUGCUUGCCAGUUAUAAUAGGUAGAGUGCAUUGCUUGCUUGCCCUUAUGACAUUUAGAGUGAAAUUACCAUUUUACUUUUAGUGUGGUUCAGGUUUUUUCAGUUUUGCAGGGGAGCAUCUUGUAAAACUAACUAAUUCACCUUCCCUUUCGCUUCCAUGUGAAUAUCUCCAUUACCAAGUAAAGUGUAUUGCUGAGUAUAUAGAAAAGUAUUUGUCUGACAUUGACAUAAACAAAGCUUUUAC